AUGGUUCCUCCAGUUGUUCCCAUGUGGAUGAGGAAUAUUUCUCCGGAGAUGCUGCUGCUGCUGCUGGUGCGGAUCCUGUGGGUUUUACCCGGGACCGGAGCGGCUCCUGCCCUGCGCACAGAGCAGCUGGACACCGGGGUGGACUGGCUGAGCAGGUUUGGCUACCUCCCGCCCCCCGACCCAGUGACUGGGCAGCUGCAGACCAAGGAGGCCCUGACCAAGGCCAUCAAAGCCAUGCAGAGGUUCGGAGGCCUGAAGGAGACCGGAGUCUUCGACCCAGCCACACUGGGUCUAAUGAAAACACCCAGAUGUUCUCUGCCAGAUGUGUCUGAGGCCGAGGGGACGAUGGGCCGCAGGAAACGAAGCCUGAUUCCACAGAACAAAUGGAAUAAAAUGCAUCUCUCCUGGAGAGUGAGGACCUUCCCUAAGGAUUCAGCCGGACUGGGCAGGGACACCGUUCGAGCCCUGAUGUACUACGCCUUGAAAGUCUGGAGCGACAUCGCGCCGCUCAACUUCCACGAGGUGGCCGGCAGCGACGCGGACAUUCAGAUCGACUUCACCAAGGCCGACCACGACGAUGGGUAUCCGUUUGACGGGCCGGGCGGCACCGUGGCACACGCGUUCUUCCCCGGGGAGAGGUUCACCGCCGGGGACACGCACUUUGACGACGACGAGGCGUGGACCUUCAGAUCGCCAGACUCCCAUGGGAUGGAUCUGUUUGCGGUUGCAGUCCAUGAGUUCGGUCACGCCAUCGGCCUGGUCCACACCUCCGCCAUCGAGUCCAUCAUGAGGCCGUACUACCAGGGCCCCGUAGGAGACCCUCUGAAAUACGACCUGCCCUAUGAGGACAAGGUCCGCGUGUGGCAGCUCUACGGUGUCAGAGACUCUGUGUCGCACACAAUCGGACCGGGCGGCACCUCGCAGACGGCUGAGCCUCCCGUCCUGCUGGACCUUCCUGAGAACAGGUCCAACGUUCAGCUGGCGCAAGAUGCCCCAGACAGAUGCUCCAGUCACUUUGAUGCCGUGGCCCAGAUACGAGGGGAGGCUUUCUUUUUCAAAGGAAAGUACUUCUGGCGACUAACUCGAGAGAAGCACCUGGUAUCUCUGCGUCCGGCUCAGAUCCAUCGCUUCUGGAGAGGCCUGCCGACCAACCUGGACGGGCUGGACGCCGUGUACGAGCGACCAGGAGAUCACAAGAUCGUCUUUUUCAAAGGUCUCAAGUACUGGGUGUUUAAAGACAACAUCGUGGAGGAAGGUUACCCCCGUCCGAUCAGUGACUUUGGUUUGCCCCUGGAAGGCAUCGACUCGGCGUUUGUUUGGCUGCACAACGAGAAAACCUACUUCUUCAAGGACAACCAGUACUGGCGCUACGAUGACCACGUGAGGCGCAUGGACCAGGGCUACCCCAAAGACAGCUCGCUGUGGAAGGGGCUGCCGCUGCACCUGGACGACGCCAUGAGGUGGUCGGACGGCUCGUCCUAUUUCUUCAAGGGGAAGGAGUACUGGAAAGUUCCGGGCAGUGACAUGGAGGUGGAGGCAGGUUACCCCCGCCUCAUUGCCAAGGACUGGCUGCUGUGCACGGAGAUGCAGUCGGACUCCCCCGACGCGGAGCCCAAGAGCACGGAGACCAGGGUCAACGUGCACCGCCAGCCGGACCACGCGGAGAACGGGUACGAGGUGUGCUCCUGCACCUCGGACUCCGCCUCGCCUUCGGGCGCCCGCCCCUCCCUCUCCCCCCUCUGGCUGCUGCCGCCGCUCUGGACGCUCUCGCUGGCCCUCAGCUCCGAACUGCUAUGA